AUGAGGAGCAAGGUGAACCGGAUGUGCUGUCGCACGAGUACAGGGAAGCUUCAGGUGUCGGAGGACCUCCACAAGAUCUGGGCCCAAGCUGGCACGGCUCGUGAUGGCUUGGUGAAGCUCAUGGCUGACUGCGAUGGGCACAAGGACGACUUCCUUCGGAAAGUUGAGCAGUACAAGGACAGCUUCAACUUCAGGGAGCAAGCCACCAACGGCGGGUUCUACACGCGGGAGGACAUGAUCAAGAAGGUCCCGGAUGGAGGCCUCGGGUUCUCCUCGAAGUAUGCUGACAAAGUCAUCCAAUGGUGCCGAGCCAACAACCCGGAUGUCAACCUGAGGAAGAACAAAUACGAUGACGAGCUUGAAGAGUUCUGGGUGGAUCACAGGACGGCUGGCAAGCAGGGCACAUAUGAAAAGGAGGGCCUCAGAGACUCCACCACUGCCACCGGAAACACGGACUCCUUCGAAAUCGCCGGCAUGGAGGGGAACCUGCACAAGGCAUGGGGCCCACGGGAUGCCGCAGCCGCUGUGGACUCCGGCACUAAGAAUGCAGCCGACAGCAUCGAGCAGUACAUGAAGGAGUCUGUUGCAGCACGCGACAAACUCGCGAAGUUCAUGGAACGGUUGGACACACAUGAUGCUGCAGUCAAAGUGGAGUACCCCCGGAUGAAAGAGAUUGUGAAUACUCUUGGUGCCCUCUAUGAUGAGCUCGCCUCGUUCCAAGCCGAUGCAAAGAUUACCCCGGCCAUGUCCGAUUCGCUCUUUGACUUAGAGAUUAGGUCGUGCCCCGGUUGA